AUGACGUUCCUGCAGUACGAAUGCUUUGAAUGUCAGCCCAGGCUGGAGGCGUGCCUGGGCCAGGUAGAGCCAGGCAAAGAUGGAAUGAGGGACCAAGAUGACCUUGUGGUGGAACACUGGAAAUAUGGCCAGGCAGGGCAAACAUCCCCUAUUCCAGAAAACAAAUGCUAUGGCUUUAUCAACACCUGUCUGCAAUCCCUUGUGACAGAGAAAUUUGGUGAAGAGACUUGGGAAAAACUAAAAGCUUCUGCAGAAGUACAAGAUGCCUUUCUGACGUACACAGUAUAUGAUGAUGUCAUCACUAUUAAGCUUAUCCAAGAGGCCUGCAAGAUUCUAGGUGUCUCCAUGGAAGCCAUUCAGAAACUCUUCGGAGAAUAUUUCUUUAAAUUCUGUAAGAUGUCUGGCUAUGACAGGAUGCUACGGACACUGGGAGGGAAUCUCACAGAGUUCAUUGAAAACCUAGACGCUCUCCACAGUUACCUGGCUCUCUCUUAUCAGGAGAUGAAUGCACCAUCAUUUCGUGUGGAGUGGGGAGCAGAUGGGAAAAUGCUUCUCCAUUACUACUCGGAUAGAAGUGGUCUGUGCCAUAUCGUGCCAGGUAUCAUUGAGGCUGUGGCCAAGGACUUCUUUGACAUUGAAGUGACCAUGGAUAUUCUUGACAUGAAUGAAGAAGUGGAGAGGACAGGGAAAAAGGAGCACGUUGUGUUUCUGGUUGUGCAAAAGGAUCGCAGGCAAAUGAGAAGGGCAAAGCCAAACAGGUUGCAAGACAGCCUGGACACCCAGAGAGACAAAAAGGACCUCCAAGCAGCUUUCCUUAGGAUGAAGGAGAAAUAUAUGCAUGUCUCGGCUUGUCUUAUGAAGAAAUCCCACUGGGACGUUGUGAGAAGUGUAGUCUUGUUUGGAAAAGGGCAUCUCACAAACACCUUCAAGCCAAUUUAUCCUGAGAGACUCUGGAUUGAAGAGAAGACAUUCUGCAAUGUGUUUCCUUUCCAUAUUGUAUUUGAUGAAUCACUGAAGAUCAAGCAAGCUGGAGUAAAUAUUCAGAAAUAUGUACCAGGUCUCCAAACCCAAAAGAUUCGAUUAGAUGACUAUUUCUCCAUCAUUCAUCCUCAAGUUACCUUCAACAUUUUCAGCAUUUGCAAAUUUAUCAACAGUCAAUUUGUCCUGAAGACACGAAGAGAAAUGAUGCCUGAAGCAUGGAAAAAUCAGCCCACACUCAAACUUCGAGGCCAGAUGAUCUGGAUGGAGUCCAUGCAGUGCAUGAUGUAUAUGUGCUCUCCAAAGCUGCGCAGCCUGCAAGAGCUGGAGGAACGCAAGAUGCAUCUUUCUGACAUCGCUCCCCACGACACCACCAGGGAUCUCAUCCUCCUGAACCAGCAGCGACUGGCUGAGAUUGAACUGUCUAACCAGCUGGAGAGGAAGAAGGAGGAGUUGCGCAUUCUCUCCAAGCACUUGGCCAUCGAGAAGAAGAAAACCGAGACCUUGCUUUAUGCCAUGCUGCCUAAACAUGUAGCCAACCAGCUGAAGGAGGGCAAAAAGGUUGCUGCAGGAGAAUUUAAAACCUGCACCAUCCUUUUCAGUGACGUGGUGACAUUCACCAACAUCUGUGCUGCCUGUGAACCUAUCCAAAUAGUGAAUAUGCUGAAUUCCAUGUACUCCAAGUUUGACAGAUUAACCAGCGUCCACGAGGUCUACAAAGUAGAGACAAUAGGAGAUGCGUAUAUGGUGGUAGGAGGUGUGCCAGUGCCUGUUGGAAGCCAUGCUCAGAGAGUGGCUAAUUUUGCCUUGGGGAUGAGAAUUUCAGCAAAGGAAGUGAUGAAUCCUGUGACCGGAGACCCCAUCCAGAUCAGAGUGGGAAUCCAUACUGGACCAGUCUUAGCAGGUGUCGUGGGAGACAAGAUGCCCCGGUACUGCUUGUUUGGGGACACUGUGAACACGGCCUCUAGGAUGGAAAGUCAUGGGCUUCCCAACAAAGUGCACCUCAGCCCCACAGCCUACAGAGCCUUGGAAAAUCAAGGGUUUGAAAUCAUUGAGAGGGGUGAAAUUGAAGUGAAAGGUAAAGGAAAAAUGACCACAUACUUUCUGAUCCAGAAUCUGAAUGUGACAGAGGAUGAGAUCAUGGGAAGAACUAAAAUUCCACUUGACCACGAAGAAGCAGGUACUCAAGGCAACCAAGACAGGAGAACCGUUGCCGUCAUGAGGUACCCGGACAGUUGGCAGCUGCUCCCCAGUAGUGACGCAGUGGAUAGUGACUCCCAGGUAUGGGAAGCAGAUGUUCUUUUACCUCCCUCCCUGUCCUCUGCUCCUGACAGAGAACAUCUCAGAGCCUUGGCAGCCCAGGAUUUCGACUUGUCUCCUGAUUCUCGCUACGAUUAUAGUAAUGGUUUCCAGACUGACUCACAAACAGCGCUUAGGGAAUUUUUCUUCAAGAAGAGAAAAGAGAAAGAAGGAAUUGAGUUUAAAGGAAAUGAGAGUAGAAGUGGAGCAGAUGAAAUAUCACAGUUAAGACACAAACAAGAAAAUGAAGAAUGGACAGAAGAGAGAAAAGUGGAUGGUGGAGCCACUCCAACUGUUUAUAGCUCCAUGUCUGUUCUUAUUAAGGUAACUUCCGCUUUGGUACAAGAUUUUGGGGAGAAUUCAGUGAACUAUAAGGGCACAAAAAUGACAGCAAUAGUCAUAAGAGUAGUAACUACUAACACGGAGCAUCACCUGGAUGCCAUGCGCGGGCCCCACAUACACUACCGACUUGCCGGACAAGGAAAGGGAACUCAGGGAGAUCAGCAGCCCGAGACCACACUGCGGGUGUACAGUCACAGCAGGACGCCUGACACCGCUGAAGCAGGAUAG